AUGUGGAAAAAAGGUGUUGCUGGCGCCUUUUUAGAGCAAACUUGUUCGGGAAAUACAAAAAUGAUUGGACGAACUGAGAGGAUGAGGGCAACAAAAUUAAUGUUGCAACUCGUCUUUUGUGAAGAGAAAAUUUGUGUCCGGUGUCCUGAACAGCCGGCUAGACGGGUUCAGUGCCAGAGCAGCGCCAUCAGUGGUGGUACCAAAGCCGCUUGGCCGGAAUCUGGAGUUUCCGGUCCAUCGAACGGAUGGCUGGGCCUGCGAUACCGACCCUCGAAUGAGGAAGAUAGGAGGCUGUGA